AUGUACGGUACUGCCGCGCCUGCUGCGCCUGCUCCUACGACCCAGUCUUUGCCACCAAUCGGAUCUAAGGACUAUCCGAAACCUAAAAGGAUGCAACUCCCCGGCAUUAAUGAAUUAAUGUCUCGUUUCGAAGAGAUUUGGUUUGAGGCACUGAAGUUUGCCACCGAUCAAGAAGCCGUCACGUCCAUGCUGCGUGUCGACCAUUCCGGAGAAAUAGCUGCCAAUACAAUCUACGAGGCGCAAGCUGACGUAUUUGGGUACCGUGGUAAGCCGGUCGAAAAGGCUCUGAUUAUUGAAAUGUGGGAAAACGAAAAGAAACAUUUGAGUGCGGCACAGUCGAUGCUGGAUGAGUAUAAUGCACGUCCUUCACUCCUUGUUCCUGUCUGGUCUCUUGCGGGGCGGUUUCUUGGAGGUGUAACAGCAAUAAUGGGAGAAAAAAGCGCGAUGGCGUGCACGGAAGCUGUGGAAACGGUAAUUGGAGAGCAUUAUGACGAGUACGUGUUAAGCUUUUGUUGUAUUUACUUUAGUCAACUAAAGCACCUGGACACCAUUGCCAAAAAAUUGACAGAAACGUAUGAUGGAGAGAAGGCGGCCGAGCUUAUGGAAUCCAUUGCCCUUUUAAAAUCUGUUUUAAUCGAAUUUCGCGACGAUGAGCUGGAACAUCUCGAUACUGCCGUAGAGCACGACUCUCAACAGGCGCCCGCUCAUGCGCUUUUGUCUGCUGUUGUUGAGUAUGGCUGCAAAGGCGCGAUUGAAGUCGCUAAACGAAUUUAA